AUGAAGCCCGCGGCAUUUGCCUGUUGCCUUUUCUUGUUUCUCAACGACCUCACGCUCGCGGUGAUCCUUCGUACCAACCCAAGACAAGACCUUUUCCAACCGUCCCCUCUUUUUACUAUGACAUCAAGUCGCCACCGGUUGAUUGGCGACAACGAUGCUCGCUACUGCGGCGUUCCCGAAGAAAAGCAGCUUUUCAAAAUCGGAGAACUCAGUAUUUCUCCUCGGCCACCAACAGUUGACACGCGGCUAUUUGCACUCCUCAAAGGCGGAGUAAAGGAUAUCAGCGAGUCAGACCUCGAAGAAGCGGUCAUCAACCUCACAACCAAAAGCAGCAACGGCGGGUCCUGGGUUUUGGACAUGAAGUUUUCGGAGUUCCCUCAGAUCAUAGUGAGGCAUGAACGACAGUACAGCAAGUACCUGAAGCCUGGCGUCAAUGAAAUUAUUGGCGACCUCAUCCUGCCGGGUAUCUUCACGACGACGGCGACCUAUAGCUUCAACGUAGAAGCUAAAUUGCCUGAUGGACGGACUCUCUUCUGUUUCGAGUUUGAGUAUUAUCUGGAGGGGGAUUUGUGA